AUGUUAAGUUUCGUGGCCGGAAUCUCAGAGUUGACUGGAACUCUGAUGCUCACCGCUUUUGCUCUCUGCAAUGUGGGUGCCAUUACGUACUAUCGUCCUCAGAUUGAGGCGGUACUUAAAACCUUCGAGGAUCUCUACCCAAAGACUACGGAUGAACACUAUCGCUGCCAGCACUAUUACGAUUUGGCCAAAGGCCUAAUGAAAGUGGAGUCUCCCCUUUUGGGACUCCUCUGCGAAUAUCUUAUGGAUGGAAAGGAACUGAGCUACCGAUUACAGAUAGACACCUGGUUUCCCUGGGAAGUCCAAGGUUCGGCAUUUGGAUACGGUACAGCUUAUCUCUGCAUAUAUAUCCCUUCGAUUGUUGGCGUGGCAUUCGCCAUGAUUACUCAGAAUAUAAUAUGCUUAUUUACCUACCAAUUGAAACUACAUUUUGACGCUCUAUCCGAUAAAUUACUCACCUUGGACUCUCGCCAUCCCGCCGCCAAUGAGCAGUUGAUUAAGUUGGUCGACUACCACUGCAGGAUUUUGCAGCUCGGCGAAGAAGUCAAUGGAACAUUGAACAUCUUCUUUUUGGCCAGCUCGGUAUUUUCCACUAUUGCCAUUUGCAUGUCGAGUGUGGGCUCUGCCUUCAAGUACGCAAAUAGCCUAGUUGCCUUCGUCUUAUACAACUUUAUUAUAUGCUUCCUGGGCACUGAGGUCACUUUUGCGGGCCUGCAGUCCGUCGUAUAA